GGGACAGGACUUGCUGCCAUGCUGCAACCUCAGCUCUAAUUGUUGAGAAGGAAGCCUUUACAUUAACUGCUCUGUCUAUUUAAACUUGCCUCCCGAUUUGCAUCGGUUCCAGCGUUGAACUUGAACUGCUGCUCUAUCCUUUCCCCGACCCCCCCACCCUUCUACUGAGGUGGCACUCAGACAUCCAAACCAUGGCCAGCAGACUGUCCCCUCCCUCUCCAACCCUGUGUCUCUCGCUCCUGCUCCCUGCACUGUUGCUCCUCCACCUGUCUGGCACAGUGAAAGGGGAUUGCUGGCUGAUAGAGGGGGAAAAAGGUUACGUUUGGCUUGCUAUCUGCAGUCAGAACCAGCCUCCAUAUGAGACCAUCCCCCAGCACAUCAACAGCACGGUGCAUGACCUGAGGCUGAAUGAGAAUAAACUUAAGGCCGUGCUCUUUACCUCCAUGUACCGCUUUACAAACCUUACUGACCUCAAUCUAACCAAGAAUGAAAUCAGCUACAUUGAAGAUGGCGCCUUUGCUGGACAGGCCAACCUACAGGUUCUUCAGCUGGGCUACAACAAACUCACCAACCUGACUGAGGGCAUGUUGAGAGGUCUGGGUCGAAUGCAGUGCCUCUUCUUGCAACACAACCUCAUUGAGGUCAUUGCCACCAAUGCCUUCUGGGAGUGUCCCAACCUCAACAGCCUAGACUUAUCUUCCAACAAGUUGGCCCGUCUUGACCCAUCUACUUUAACGGUUCUCAGCAGACUGACAGUAUGUGAACUAGGUGGAAACCCGUUCCACUGUGGCUGCGAUCUUUACAGUUUUCUCACUUGGCUGGAUGAGUUUAACAAUGUCACCCGCACCUAUGACCGUCUCCAGUGUGAAACACCUCCAGAAAUGACUGGUUAUCCACUCUUGAGCCCCGGGUAUGGAAAUGGAAGAAAUGCUCGGAACAUACUAUUAUCAAUGUGUCGUGAUGGUGUGAUAAUUCCAGGGAUGACCUCUCAGAUGCCAGAUCAAGAUGGCUCAGGGAUGGGUUUGGACCAAGACCAAGGUGUGUACCAUCAGCCAACCACCUCAUCCACUGCUGACCCUAUCUAUAACCCUCAAAUUUCUAUGAAGCUUCAAACAGUCACUCCGUACACAGCUUCACUAAUAGUCAAGAUCCCACAUCCCUACAGUAAGAUGUAUGUUCUCUCCCGGUAUAACAACACUUCUCUUGAAGAGGACAUAUCCCUCAAGUCAAGCAAAGCUACGAUAACUUUGAAGGGGCUGAAACCACAGACCAAUUACACCUGUUGUGUGGCUUCUGUAAGGAAGUCUCAAAAGUACAACCACACCUGCAUGUCUUUUACCACACGAGCUACUGGGCCACUGGACCACCAAACGAAUCCUUCCACAACAACCCACUACAUCAUGACCAUCCUGGGAUGUCUGUUUGGCAUGGUCAUUGUUCUUGGAUUUGUCUAUUACUGUCUGAGGCGCCGACGCAUCCAGGAAGAGAAGGAAAAAGCAAUUAGUGUGAAGAAAACAAUUUUGGAAAUGAGGUAUGGCCCAGAAGCAGCUGCAGCUGUAGUCAAUGACCCAAAUGCCAUGCAGCGUCUUCAGGAGCAGGCUCACCACCAGCAUCACCAUUCAGGCGGUGCAGGAGCCAAGCUGCCCCAAUCUGCCACCUCUAGCACAGGCAUGCUUCACGGUUCAGCCAAUACCAGUUCUUCCCGCCUCUCCACCUUGCCACAGGUGGAAAAAAUGGCCACUGCCUUCUCUGAGGCUAUGGGUGGCAAGGGUAACUACAUGGAUAUAAGGACAACGGGAAUGACAGGGGAAGGCAGGGAGGCAGUGAUGGCAGCUGGAGGAGCAGGGCCAGGAGGGGAAGUAGUUGUGGAUAUGCGAGGUGGGGCUGAGAAUGGGACGGAGGCUGGGGAGGAUUCAGAUGAUGACGGUCGUGGCUCAGCAUCAGAGAUCUCCACCAUUGCCAAGGAGGUUGAUAAGGUGAACCAGAUCAUCAACAACUGCAUUGAUGCCCUGAAGCUGGAUGCCUCAGCUAAUGCUGUGACCACAGCUGACAAUACCAGUUCUGUGUCCUCCCAGCCUCCUUGCAUAGCAUCGCUCCCGCGCAACCUUCUCCCCCUCUCUCCAGGUCAUCCUGGAGAUCAGAUCAUGGCUUCCUCUCCAAAGGUGCACCCUAAGCCUCACCUUCAACCUCAUCCACAACCUCAUCCUCAGCCAAUUCCUCAACCACAUCCUCAGCCACAUCCUCAGUCCCAUUCUCAGCCCCAUUCUCAGCCUCAUCCACAGCUCCAUCAACAGCCUCACCCGCCUUCAAUGGCCCCAGUGCCCCUGGUCAUGCCCUUAUCUGAGCGGCCUGGUAUCAGCGGGGGUGGAUUUCUCUCCCCUCCUUACCGUGAUCCACCCCCAGCCAAUGCAGUGCGGCCCCUUCAGAGGCAACUGAGCGCAGACACUGCUGUGGUUAAGAACCGCUGUGGUCCCCCUUCUGCAAGCUCUGCCAAGAACACAAGAGUGUAUAGUGUGGACAUCCCUGAGAAGCGCAGUGAUCCUCCCAAGUACCCAGGAGAAAAGGGUAGCCCCGUGGGUUGUGUUGGAGCGGGAGGAAGUGGAGGAGGUGGUGGAAUAGGAGGCUGUAACGGAAAUGGAAUGGGAAAUAUUAAUGGCGGAGGCCUGAGCUUAAAUGGGGGAGGAAUGGGAUGUAAUAGUGGGAAUGGAGGUGGCGCUGUAAGCUCUGGACAGCAGCAACAGCAGCACUUGGAAGUUCAGCCAGACUAUCAUAGCUCUGAGCACCGCCACUCCUUUCCUGCACUCUACUAUGAGGGUGGCAACGAAUCGCCUUCACCAUCCCAAAAGGCUUCGUUUCUCAAGCCACUUGGGCGCACCAAGAGGGAUGCCACAUCCACCUACUCCCAGCUCUCACCUUCUCGUCACCACAACUACAACUCUGGCUACUCUUCCAGUCCAGAGUACUCAUCUGAGAGCACACUGCGAAUCUGGGAGCGAUUCCGACCUUACAAGAAAAGUCCUAGAGAGGAAGCAUCCUAUAUAGCAGCAGGGCAUGCUCUGCGCAAGAAGGUGCAGUUUGCCAAGGACGAGGACCUUCAUGAUAUUUUGGACUACUGGAAAGGUGUUUCCGCCCAGCAGAAGCUGUGAGCUGAGGAGCAAAGUUUAUGUCCUAAGGGAGAUUGUGGAAUGAAUGCCAACAGCAGACUACUGAAGAGGAACAUAUUAAUGUAGCAAGACAGAUAAUGUUUCCUCAGAGGUGUCUAGCGACACAGGUCAUUCAGGCGCCUGUUCAAGAAUUAAAGAGGUAUUCACCUGGUGAUUUUUAAAAAUUGAUUUUGUGAAAAUUCAUUGACAUUUUCAGAGGCUAUUUCCAAGGUUCUCCUCUGUCCUCACCUCAACACGAAUGGUUUUUAACGAGAAUCCUGCCUCACCCUGGGCACUUUGGUCCUUUCAGGCUUCACAGACCUGUUGACUAAUCACUAAUGAUCAAAGGCGAGGUGAUGACAAGCAAACGUCUUCUACCUCACUGCUGGCAAACUGGAGCUCAGCUAUCUCCCCAGAAACAGCACCCACCAUGACUUAAGCGCCAUCCGUUUUUUCUCUAAUCCCAUCAAGCCGUUAUUCACAAAACAAUCAUUCCAUGGCACGGCAGUACCUGCUGUCCUAUAGAAGCAUCAUUUAGGAUGGUAAUGAGGAAGCAGGGUGAAGAAUUAGGUGUGUUUUGUUUUAGAAAAGCCUGAAUCUCCCUCUUUAGGGAGGACAUUAAAUGAUACUUAUCAGGUUAAUUGUUCUUUCUGGCGAUUAGCCAGUGUGAGAAUACUUCAGGAACGCUUUGUGUUGCGCACACUCAUUGAUUUGAAGCACCUACAAACAGAUGUUCAGUAGUGUACGGACAUGCACGUACAGUUUCUGCAUGCUUGAGUGAUUACUUGUGUGUGAAAGAGUAAAGUUCUGGUUGUCGGUGAGUCGUUUAUUAUUCUCAGGCUCAUCCAAGGUAGCAAAGCCUGUACAGCUAAUAUAUGGAUAACAACAAAGUCAGGAAGUUAUGAGUGAAUGUGAGUGGGUACAUAACUGUGUAUUGUCUGUUGAGAUAGCAUGAAGACCCACAGGCAUUUUUGUCCCAUAGCCCAUUUCUUAUUUACAGUUGUAGCAUAUUUCUUUUCAUAAGGGAAGUUAUGAGAUGAAAAAUUUACAUUUCAAUAGUCCAAGUCUUGCAGAAAUUACUUUAGGUUGAGUUAUGCAGGUUUACAGGACAGGCAUUAGCUCCUAUAUGAAAGAAAAUGGUAAUCAUGUUUAGGAAUAGAGGCAGACUAAGAAUAAGUAAGGGUUUACUGUAGCAGCAUCUCAUUUUUAACAAUUUCCCCGUUAUGCAGACAGACUUCAGUGUAUUGUCAGUUGCCUUUGAAUCAACUGAAUGCAAGGAUGCACAGAACCCUAAAAUCAAAAAAGUGAAAUGCUUUCACUACUACACAUUAAGAUGAAAUGAAUAAUACGCAGGGUGAAGACCCCAGGGAUGCACUCUGACGCUACACUAUAUAUGACCACCUUGUGCUCUGGGUGGAAGCUGGUAGCUCACUAGACCUGGACCAAAGUGCCCUUGGGAGGUAUGACUUUACAGGUUUCCAUUAUAAUCUUUUCCAUUGUGGUCAGCAAAGUAUAAAGAAAACAAAGGAAAGUUGCAGCCUUGGUUUAUUUAGGAUUAGGGUUUAAAACUAUGGUUAUUACAAUGAAAAUGGAUUAGAGGAGCAAGGCUUGGGACUGUUGUGGACUAAACAAGAGACCUUAAUGAUGCAAAAGCUUGUUUCCCUUACACUGAGCAUUCUGAUGAAACACAAAGAAACAAAUACUUAUCUCAGUCCUAUAAAUGUGAAAAAAAAAAACAAGUGAGUAGUUCUUAGGUAAUUUUACCCCUACCAAAGCUUUCAAAAUAUUACUUUGAAACUGUACUUUGAAACAGCAUUUUAAUUUCCUGCCCAAAUUUCUAUUAGAAGCUCUAAAUUCUCAAAAUGCAAAUAUAACUCAUUUCCCUCUGUUUUUCUGCCAACUCUGUCCAACUUAAUGGGAUAAAUUAAUGACUAAUUUGUGAAGGCUGAUGUUGUACCAUCAUCUGAGGUCAGAAGGCUCUGCUGAUAUUAUUAACUCUCCAGGAUUCAGAGCUUGACUGAAAUUAAUAACAGAUAGCCUUGUUUCGCUGUCUGUCUAUCCAUUUUUUAUUUAUAUAAUGUCUCAUCAUUUUGC